GGAUUAGGAAAGUUAUGAACAACCGGCCAAUUCCGCAAUUUUUUUUUCCAUGUGAAUGCUAGGUAAAGAAAUGGCAUCACAAGAACAAGCCGAAGGACUGCAGAGCAAAGGGCGUCGGGGUACGAAUAGGGAUGUGGAACGGAACGAGGGGUCGGACCGAGAGUCAGCUAAGCCAGAGGGGACCAAAGAAGAUGGGAAGGGUCUCUCCACGGGGAAAAGUUCGGCGAAAGAUGGGGGUAGCAAAAGAGGGCCGCAGGAGAAUAGGGAAGGAAGGGACAGCGAGAGGGCGAGUCCUCGGAACUCCGAAGGAACCACGCCCAAGAAAGCGAAAGUCUCGGACGCACGCUGUAAGCUGGCAGAAAUAGAAAGGCGGACUGCAAAGUAUAAGGCGAGACUUAUCGAGCAAAUGAUGGCUGGGAAUGAAGAGGAUCCCCAGGGGGAAGGGCUACGAGAGGGGCGCAGGACCAGUCAGGGCGAAGCCAGGUACGAAGGUAAGGAUAGUAGUCAUAAGGGAGCGCCCAGCAAGAAAGAGAAAGAAAAGGGGGACUCCUCGGCCAUAGGGGCAGAAAAGGCCACGACCUCGCCGGCUAUCGAUAGCGGCGCUAGUCGUCUGCCCGCCACGCCGAAAAUAACGAAGGGGUGUGAUGGACUCUGGAGUCUCAGGGAAAGGCUGUUAGGUUGGUUUGAUCCGGAGGGUACGUCCAAGGCCGGGGAAAAACAAAGGAAAAGCAAGGACGGAGAGGGAACUAGUGUCGUCGGGGAAGCAGGUAGCUCUGAUGGGGGACUUAAGAGAAUAGUAGCCACUCUCACCCGGGCUCUGAAUAAGAAUCAGGGGUACCUCGCAGAUGCAAAGAAGAAACUCACUUUCGAUGGGGCAAACAUCACAGAAUUCCUGAUAGAUUACGAGAACCUGGCAACCCUGCUGAAAUGGACUGAGGAAGAGAAGAUGGACCACUUAGGGCAGCACGUGUCGUUGAGCUUAGGGAGGGAUAUUAUGACUAUCGUUGCCACUAGCGGUUCCUGGAAAGAAACCCGAAAUGAGAUGAUGAGAAAGUACCUGAAGGCAAAGAAAAUGGCAACGGAAGCCGAAUUGGCGGCAGUCCAUAGAAAAAAUUACACAACCUACAAUGACUUCCUGAGGGCGUUCACUCUAGUUGCACUGCGAAUUCCUGGGGUAACAGACCUUAUAAUGAGUAAAUACUUCCUCAAGCAGUUCUCCGAGUUCGAUAAAGAUAAGAUUCUGUCGGCCUACCAGCAGAUCAGCAAGUUCGAAUACACAAGGGACGUUGACUUCAGCACCGUAACAGAUCUUGCAGAAAAGACAGUAGUAACCGAGACGCUAGCCCUGCUCAAGGAAGGAGAGGUUAUAGAUUUGACUGGGAAAACGAGAGAUAAGGUCAAGAAGGGGAUAGAGAGUUUGCACGAGCGGGUGCACGGGGUUGACAAUAAGAUAGAACGAGUGGAGAACGCGCUAUUAGUAAUACAGGUGCAAGUGUCCCGACCCCCCCUCCCACCCCAAGAGGCCGUGGUUCCCGCAACUGUAGCAAAGCGGGGGUUUGGCAGGAGGGACCCGGCCAACGAACAAUGCAAGUAUUGCACAAUGGUCGGGCACUUCGUACGGGCCUGUCCGAGACUCAACCACGACAUUGUGCGGCAAAGGUGCAGUAGGUCCCUCAAGGGUGAAAUUCUCGGACCCCAGGGAGAGCGCAUAAAUUGGAACUUGCCAGGAGGAAUGUGGCGUGUCGUCAUCCUCCUGAACAAUUUGGAUAUAGUCACCGUAGAAGCAGAGCCGGUAGCGGACGUUGUCUGGGACCAACCAAGGGGGUGGGGGCCACAUGCCAAUUUUAUCCUAGAAGGCAAUGGGCAGGAUAGGGUAAAUAUCACUACCCGACGGGCCGGUGCGGAAAAGAAGCUCAUCCGAGAGACCGUAAUGGAAGAAGCCGUAGGGACUAGUGCAGACCAGCAAGAAGCCAACGUCGGGGAGCAGGAGAAGGUCUACGGAAAGGUAAGGGAAGAAGAGCCGGUAGACAAGGUUAUGGCAGCAAAGAAGAAAUUUAGAUACCAAAUCCCGAUCCUGGCUGUAUCGGAAGUCGAUGACACCUUGAGCAAGCUCUUGGGCACCAUGGUGUCCGUGUCGUUUCAAACCAUGUUGCAAGCAAGCCCGAGAUUGCUUAAGGGGCUUAGGCACCUGCUAACGCGCAGACGCGUAGAGAUAGAAGAGGCCCCGGAACCACAGGAACAAGAAGCCGAAGAGGCCGAGGCGCCCCAAGGAGUCUCUAACCUCCAAAGAAUUCCAGGGGAUCUGGAAGAUCUGGAGAAAGCCUUUGCGGACAUCCGCCUGAGCAUACCAGACCGAGAGGGGGCCGAAGUCAUGAGGGCACCACCUAGGACAAAGCUAAUCUUCCAUGCAUUACCCGUAGGGAAACUAAAAGUUCAGGUCCGAACUGACCACACGGACGCCUUGGUGGACGGAGGUGCAAAAAUCACCCUCAUACGACGGGAUUUUGCGACAAUCACGGGUUGCACAAUAAACAAGGAAGUGACAGGAAGCAUCCGGGGAGCCGACGGGGAAAUUCCCUUCGCAGGGUGUGUCACCAAGUGCGCAGUUAAGGCAGGAAUCCGAGAAGCGAUCUGGUCGUUUCAGCGAAUGACCGUAAUGGAGGACAUGGACCACAGCAUAAUCCUCGGGAGACCAUGGUUUGCGAACGUAGAAAUGAUAGGCAUGCACAUGCACAAUGGCACGUAUAUGGUAGACAUAGAGGACCCAGUGACUGGCCGCGGAGAACUCCUCUGACUCCUUGGAACUGGAGGGGAUCUCCCAAAGGGCAAGUUGGCCACCUAGUCACCCACAUUUGAAGA